AUACCUCUUCAGAAGAGCCAAUGAACCACGGACGAGCUCCCCGUCGCAUAUCUCACUCCCAAAGGAGUGCAGGGCCAUCGGGAAGACAGUGGAGACAGAGGAACAAUGAGCAAUCCAAAAGCAGAACCCAGAGGGGAGAGGUGGAGGAGGACGAGCAGAAAGCCGGACAGCGGGAAAAGGACUCGGAGUUCAGAGGGACCUGCCAGACCAUGUGCCCAGCUCAGGAGCUGCAGGACCGCGAGAGGAAAAACUGCCUCCACCGCUUCGAAAUGGUACCGGGCACGGAGAAAUCUAAGAAACCGAGGGGCGACCCCUCGCGUGCCGUGAAGGAAUAUUCGAGACCAGCAGCUGGAAAGGACGCAACAAACCCCACCGAACUCCGACCACCUUCUGUGUUACUGAAAACUGUUUGUUACCUUAUUGACAACAUUGUAGCCUCCCCUAAACAGCACCCAUGGACAGAGGUGUACAGCUUUGUGUUUGACCGACUGCGCAGCGUUAAGCAGGACAUGAUCAUCCAGAGGGUGUCUGGGCCCGACUGUGUGGCCAUCUUAGAGAAGGCGGUACGCUUCUUCAUCUACUCGUCCUAUCGUCUUUGCGGGGAACCCCUGCGGCUCUACGACCCAGUCAUCAAUGACACGCACCUACAGGAGUUCCUCAGCUGGCUGCUGGAUUGCUACUCCACUGGAACUGGACCCUAUCUUAAUCAGGAAGAAUUCUACUCUCUUGGCUUGCUCUACAACCUGGGUUCCACCCAGGCAGCGCAGCACGUGAUGGAGCUCCCGGCGCGGCUCCGCGGCAGCCCCUCCAUCUCGCUGGCGCUCGCCAUCAACCGAGCCUUUCAGGAGCGGAACCCGGUGCGCCUGCUCCGGCUGGCCCGGAGGCUGGACUUCCUGCAGCUGUGCGCGCUGCACCGCCACCUGCCCGCCUGCCGCCGGGACCUGCUGCUGACCUACAGCCACGCCUACAGCAGCCGCAACUGCCGCUUCCCGCUGGACGCGCUGGCCCGCCUCCUGUCCCUGGACGCCGCCCUGGCCGCCCAGCUGUGCCUGGCGCACGGCGUGCAGGUCAGUCGGGACGAGCAGGUGGUCUUCUCCAAAGCGGCCUUCGCCGAGCCCGAGCAGGGCCACGCCCACUGUAACCCGUAUCACGGCAUUGUGUCGGAGAAACAGAGAAACCUCACCGUGGACGGCGUCAUUCACGGUCGCACCGCGAAAGUGGUGUGAAAUGUUUUUAUUAAAUUGGUAGCAACGGGGACAGGUUGUCCAGGUUUAAUGAUUCCACAGUGUUACAAUAAACAAACGCAUUCGAGGCAAUUUGGCAAUUUAGCGUGUGACAUAAUGUGAAUUAAGAGGAAAUUAUGUGUAACGACAAUCCAACUCUGAAGGUCCGAUCUUCUGUUGUUUCUUUCAGGGAUGCCCGACAGUUAUAUAUUUUCGGAACUCAGUGUUUUUAACCAGACAUUUAUGGUUUAUCGAACAUAAUUCCAACUUCAGGUCAUUUUAUACCCCAAGGCUCUGAAAAACUGUAAUAUUUUAAGUGUUUUUGUUGUACCCUUUCCUUUGUUUAGUUGAUUGAUGUCCGUUUUUACCAUUAAUGUGAAUUCAUUGUGUUAAUAGAUUUCUCUUAAACCACUGAAUAAUGAUCUGUGAUGCUUUAAUCAAUCCAGUACGAUGGAAUAUUUCAAUAAAUUUGGUAUUUAACAUA